GUAAAACUGUUGUUAUCGCAGUAAAGUGGUAUUAUUCGCCUGAAUUAAAUGAGUGGGAUUCUGAUAGGAUUUACUUUUUGGUGAAUACCAAUUGGAAUUUAGCUUCAUUUCAGGGAGUACAUUACACUGUCAGUCGAAAUUGAACCUUAAUUGUACCGCAUGUGCUGCUUCAGCUGAGUGUGGGCCGUGCUUGUCGCGGUCAAUCGGUGCCGGAUUUGUUCCUCGUGUUGUGAUGGCUCUCGGAAGUGAAGUGAAUGAUGAGAAUUCUACAAAAAAUACUUCCCAAAAAGUGAAAAACGGUUCGGCUAGCCACAAUGUGAAGGACAAGAGUGGUAGCGAGAAUGUUAUCAAAGCCGACAAGGUGGAGGUCACAAAGAUGAAAAAGAACAUAUCGGUUAAGACGGCAGGCAGCAACGGGCACGCGCGCACGCCCAACGGCCGCGCCGACGACGAGGGCGGUGGUAGCGCGCGCGUGUCCUACGCGGCCGCCGCGCGCAAGCCACCCUCCCCCGGUACCAACUUGGCACCGUUCCCUAUGCCCACAGAAACCACACAAAAAUCAAAAAUCAAUAACGAAAAGACACAAACGAAUUCCAGUAAAUCCAAUUCAAAGCUGAACGGGGUAGAACGGAUACCUAGCGACAGUGAUGUUAAAGAAGAUAAGUCACACACCAAAGAGCAAAUUGUAAAUGGAACAAAUCAAUCGCACGAGACCAUUGUUAAUGGCGAUGCUAAAAAAGAAAAUUCAGAUUGUGAUAUUAGUAGUAGUAGUGAUAAUGCUAAAGUAGUUUCUAAUGGAAUUAAUAGUGAUUCAGACGAUUCGAAGUCCAGCAAGUCUGACGAGGGUCAUGAUGUCGUAUUACCGAAGGUUUGUCCGAAGAAAAACUCUGAAAGUAGGGUAUCUGAUAAGAAAAAAGAGAGCAAAAAGACUAAGGCGGCAGCUGACAAUAGUGAGUCUGAAAAGAAAGUGACUGUUAUCGUAACGGAUAAGAAAGAAGAAGAUUCAAAGGCAGAGGAUGCAACAGAAAAAGUUAACGGUGAAUGUAAUAAAGUCGUUAAUGGAGAUAAAGAUAGGGAGUCGACGCCCAGUGAAGAUGGUGAUGACAAAAAGAGAGAUGCUGAGGUGGUUUUCAUUCAAGACAUGGGAUUCACUGUUAAAAUUGUUAGCCCUGGAGCGGAACCAUUAGAUAUUCAGGUAUUGAGUAUGGAGCUCGUGCAAGAAAUCCAUCAGGUUUUGAUGGAUCGCGAAGACACCUGUCACAGAACCUGUUUCUCUCUGCAACUCGACGGCGUCACCCUGGAUAACUUCGCGGAAUUGAAGAAUAUUGAGGGAUUAAAGGAAGGAUCUGUUAUCAAAGUGGUAGAAGAGCCGUACACGAUGCGGGAGGCUCGCAUCCACGUGCGUCACGUGCGCGACCUGCUCAAGUCGAUAGACUACACCGAUGCCUACGCCGGCCAAGAGUGCAGCUCGCUUGCCUUCCUCAAUGUUAUCACCCAGGGCGACAUUCUAGAAAAGAAGAAAUCUCGCCCAGAGAGCGUGGACUGCACGCCGCCCGACUACAUAAUGCCUGGCAGUACAGAGCGGCCAUUGUUGCCCUUGCAUCCGGGGCUGACCAAGGAAAACAAAGCUCCCCAAUGUUUGAAGGUGCUGACGACUUCUGGUUGGAACCCGCCGCCGGGCCCGCGCAAGAUGUGCGGCGACCUGCUGUACCUGCACGUCGUCACUCUAGAGGACCGCCACUUCCAUAUCACGGCGUGCCCUCGCGGAUUCUACCUCAAUCAGUCCACCGAGGAAGUGUUCAACCCCCGCCCCUGCACCCCGUCCCUGCUGUGCCACUCCCUCAUCGAGCUGCUGAGCAUCGUGUCGCCCGCUUUCAAGCGCAACUUCGCUCUGGUCCAGAAGAAACGCAUGCAGAAACACCCCUUCGAGAGGGUCGCGACACCCUACCAGGUGUAUCAAUGGGCGUCGCCUAUGCUCGACCACACAGUGGACGCGAUACGCGCAGAAGACACAUUUUCGUCAAAGCUCGGCUAUGAGGAACACAUCCCGGGGCAGACGCGCGACUGGAACGAGGAGCUGCAGACCACUCGCGAGCUGCCGCGCGCCACGCUGCCCGAGCGGCUACUCCGAGAGAGGGCUAUCUUUAAGGUUCACAGCGACUUCGUGGCGGCGGCGACGCGCGGCGCCAUGGCGGUCGUGGACGGAAACGUGAUGGCCAUCAACCCCGGCGAGGAACCCAAAAUGCAGAUGUUCAUUUGGAACAACAUCUUCUUUUCGCUCGGCUUCGAUGUGCGCGACCACUACAAGGACUUGGGGGGAGAUGCGGCCGCCUUCGUCGCGCCGCGCAACGACCUCCAAGGGGUCCGCGUGUACAGCGCCGUGGACACCCCCGGGCUGCACACGCUCGGCACGGUCGUGGUGGACUACCGCGGCUACCGCGUCACCGCGCAGUCCAUCAUCCCGGGCAUCCUCGAGAAGGAGCAGGAGCAGAGCGUCGUUUACGGCAGCAUCGACUUCGGCACCACCGUGCUCUCGCACCCCAAGUAUAUGGAGCUGCUCAGCAAAGCCGGCCAACAGCUGAAGAUAAUGCCGCACUCCGUAACCAGCGCCAACGGCGAGACCGUCGAACUGUGCUCGAGCGUCGAGUGCAAGGGCAUUAUUGGCAACGACGGCCGCCACUACAUCCUCGACCUGCUGCGCACCUUCCCGCCCGACGUCAACUUCUUACAGCUUGAAGACGACGAGCUAAGAGAAGACAUCAAAGCUAUGGGCUUCCCUAUUAUCCACAAGCACAAGUUGUGUUGCCUUAGGCAGGAAUUAGUUGAUAGUUUCGUUGAGGCCCGUUACUUCAUGUUCAUCCGCUACGCAGCGUUCCACCUCCAGCAGCUCAGCGCCAAGCGCCAGCGCGACUCCGGCGACGCAAAACCCAUCGAAACCAGCAAAGAGCCAGAUGUCAAAGAGCCGCCCAAGGAAACCAAAGAGCCGGAGACUAAACGCGACAAGAAGAGCCAGGAGAAAGAAGCCAAAGAUAAGAAGGAUAAAAAAGAGAAGGAAAGUGCCAAAAAAGAGGAGGUUAAGGUUGAGAAAGACAGUGAAAAACCCAAGGAGGAUGAUUUAUUGUUGAAUGAGAACUAUUCGGAUAUAGAUACCGAUGUCGCUAAGAAGAUUGUAGAAAGCAUCACAGAUUCUAUCUGCGGCGACAAGGAUAAGGAAGAGAGUGAUACAGGCGGACGCUCCCGUGCGGUAGUGGCGGCAGCAGCUCGCGCCGUGUCUUCCCUCAAGGAGUCGGAGUUCGACGUGCGCUUCAACCCGGACGUGUACUCGGCCGGCAUCCGCCACGCCGCGCCGCCCGGCUCGCUGGCGCGCCAGCGCCACCUCGUCAAGGAGGCCGCCGCAUUCCUGCUCACUACACAGAUACCCGCCUUUGUUCGCGAAUGCCUGGAGCAGCAGGCGGCGCCCAUGGACGGCGCGGGGCUGGCGGAGGCGCUGCACGCGCGCGGCAUCAACGUGCGCUACCUGGGCCGCGUGGCCGCCGCGCUCAAGCCCGUCGCCUCGCUGCACUACCUGCACGCCAUCGCCGUCGGCGAGCUAGUGCUGCGCGCCGCCAAGCAUCUCUACACUGCCUACCUGCAGGGUUGCGAGCCGAUGUGCAUCGGGUCGGGCGUGGCGCACUUCCUGAACUGCCUGCUGGGCGCAUGCGCGGCGCCGAGCGUGCUGGGCGCGGACACGCCGGCGCCGGCGCGGGGGCGGGGCCGGGGCCGGCGCACCCGCCGCGCGGGCGCGCAGCCCGCCAGCCCGCUGCCCGAGUGGCAGAGCCUCACGCCCAAGGCGCUGUUCGCGCAGAUCAAGCAGGAGCUCAAGGCGUAUUGGGGCUAUGAAUUGGCUGCGGAUAACAUGGACAAUGUUAUUGAAAAACACGGCCUCCAAAAAAUAUCACUUCUCAGGUCUUUCGCGUUGAAAGUCGGACUCCAAAUUAUGCUGCGGGAAUAUGACUUCGACAGCAAGAAUAAGGCCACAUUCACCAGCGCGGACAUUAUGAAUAUCUUCCCCGUUGUCAAACAUAUCAAUCCUAGGGCAUCGGAUGCCUACAAUUUCUACACAACGGGCCAAAACAAAAUCCAAGCGGGCUCCGUAUCUGAGGGUCACGAAUUGAUCGCGGAAGCUCUCAAUCUGCUCAACAACGUGUACGGAGCUAUGCACGGCGAGAUCGCGCAGUGCCUGAGGAUGGUCGCGCGACUGUGCUAUGUGACGGGUGAACAUAGGGACGCGAUGGCGUACCAGCAGAAGGCCGUACUCAUGUCCGAGAGGGUCAACGGCAUCGACCAUCCUUACACUAUUACUGAAUAUUCGCACCUGGCGCUGUACUGCUUCGCCAACGGGCAAGUGAGCACGGCGCUCAAGCUGCUGUACCGCGCGCGCUACCUCGCGCUGCUCGUCUGCGGCGAGAACCACCCAGAGAUGGCGCUGCUCGAUAGCAACAUCGCGCUAAUACUGCACGCGGUCGGCGAAUACGAGUUGUCCCUCCGCUUCGUGGAGCGCGCGCUAAGCGUGACGAGCGCGGUGCACGGCGCGCGCUCGCUCAAGGCGGCCGUGGCGCGCCAUCUGCUCGCGCGCACGCUGUCUUGUCUCGGCGACUUCCGUGCCGCCCUAACGCAUGAAAAGGAGACCUACUCCAUAUACAAGCAGCUGCUGGGCGAGAAGCACGAGAAGACGCGCGAGUCGUCCGAGUGCCUGCGGCACCUGACGACGCAGGCGGUGGUGCUGCAGAAGCGGCUCGCGGAGGCCUACGCGCGCGCGCCGCACCAGCCGCCGCAGCACCCGCCGCUGCACAUCCAGCCGCCCGGCAUGGCCUCCGUCAUCGACAUGCUCAACCUCAUCAACGGCAUACUCUUCGUGCAGAUCAGCCCUCAAGAUAUUGAGCAGUUCAAAGCAGAAAUAGAAAAAAGACAACUAAAAGACUUACCGAUCCCGGGCCUGGCUGAACUGAGCACCGGCAAAGAGAAAGUCGAGAAGACGGAGCUGAACGCGGGCGGAGACGCGUCCACAGAGAGUUGAAACCGCCGGCCGUAAUCCACUCCCGCUUUACAUCCACGGCCGAUUAUCCAUACAGGCAAUGAAGGCAGGCCUAUUUAGGGGCUGAUUAGGUUCUAUAGACUACCGAGUUUACUGGAUUGUUACCGUUAUAACGUUAACAGUUUACAAUCUACGCCGC